AUAUUAUACAUGCGUGGUUGACGUGUUCGUCCUCUACAACUGCAACGGACUAGAUUGUUUCUCUCUCUAGUCUAGGGUUUCUCUCUCCACUACCGUACCUUCAUCGGAUCGCUGCCGUUUCCGGCGCCAUUCCGAUAAUUCGGCGACAUGAAGCUCACUGUGAAGACUCUGAAAGGCAGCCAUUUCGAAAUUAGGGUUCAGCCCUCCGACACUGUUAUGGCUGUCAAGAAGAAUAUUGAAGAUGUACAGGGCAAAGAUAAUUACCCGUGUGGACAGCAAUUGUUGAUUCACAAUGGCAAGGUUUUGAAAGAUGAAACUACAUUAGUUGAGAACAAAGUCUCUGAAGAUGGCUUUCUUGUUGUUAUGCUUAGCAAGAGUAAAGCAUCAGGUUCUGCUGCAGCUCCAUCUGUUCAGCCUGCCAGCACUCCUGCUACAACUGUAUCAACAUCCAAUUCCAACCCUGCUCCUGAUCCUCCAGUGCAGACUCAGGCUGCAAACAACAGCACGUCUAGCACGCAUGCCCCAACUACCAAUGUUUCUGCAGACACUUAUGGUCAGGCUGCAUCGAAUUUAGUUGCUGGUAGUAAUCUUGAGCAGACUAUUCAACAAAUCAUCGACAUGGGUGGUGGCAACUGGGACAGAGACACUGUUACUCGUGCUCUUCGGGCAGCUUAUAAUAACCCAGAGCGUGCGAUUGAUUACUUGUAUUCUGGAAUCCCUGAAGCAGCAGAAGUUGCUGUGCCAGUUCCUAACUACCCAGGUAGUCAAACAACUGAAACAGCUGGGAUUCCUUCUGGAGCAGUUCCUGUAGGACCUAAUUCAUCUCCCUUAAAUAUGUUUCCUCAGGAAACAAUUUCAAGUACUGGGGCCGGACUUGGAUCGCUGGACUUCCUUAGAAAUAAUCCCCAGUUUCAAGCUUUGCGUUCAAUGGUGCAAUCCAAUCCACAAAUUCUCCAGCCUGUGCUUCAGGAACUGGGUAAGCAGAAUCCCGGUCUUUUAAGAAUGAUUCAAGAGCAUCACGGGGAGUUUCUCCAGUUGAUAAACGAGCCUGUUGAGGGUUCUGAAGGAGAUAUAUUUGACCAACCUGAGCAAGACAUGCCUCAUGCCAUCAAUGUGACUCCAGCUGAGCAAGAGGCAAUUGGAAGGCUUGAGGCUAUGGGAUUUGAUAGAGCUUUGGUGAUAGAGGCAUUUUUGGCAUGUGACCGUGACGAGCAAUUAGCAGCCAACUACUUAUUGGAGAAUGGAGACUUUGAAGAAGAUUAAAUCACAAUUCUUCAUUUUCUGGGAACGAAAUAACUGCUGAUUCUUGGACGUAGGAACUCAAACUCUCUAUAAUGGUUGGGGUAACUCUGCUGCGGCUUUAAUUCUUUCUUUUUUAUGCGCAAAAAAAAAAGUCGCUAAUCUACAUUACUCACAUUGAUUCAUAGUUUUCUUUGCCCUUUUUUUUUUUCUUUUUUCAUUUUUUAUAAAAUAUUAACUCAAACUUGACUUGGAUAAUAUAAGGGGUAGAGUUUGCAUUA